AUGUCGUAUGAUGAAGGAUUGUGUAAAGACGAUCCAGUGUUGGCAGCAGCGUUAAAUGUAUUAGUUACAGAAGGGUCAGCGCAUAACAUAGCAUGCUUGGUAAAGUACGUCAGGCACGAGCUUCAGUCAUUGGAUAUGACGCC